GAUGGGUGACUACGCUGCUUGUUUUGAAGCAAUCUGCCGCUCUGUGGAAAGGCUUCCAAAACCAGACGUGAACCCAAGUUUUUCUUCGCAACUUUAUACUCGUUUGGCUAAGAGUCUUAGCUAUGGUGUCCGAAGCGGGACUAUCUCAUCUGACGUGCUGCAACAGAGCUCAGGCGCCAUCCAGGCGCUUGAACGAAAGUUCAACGAAGCCCUAUCAAAGAGUUCAGAGGUUCCUAGAGAUACUGUACGAGCUUGGAAGGACUGGAAACGCGUCGAAAAAGAAAUUGAGGCAGUAUCCCGGGGUCGCGACGCUGCACAGGACAGACUUGUUCGUAUCCCUAUUGCGAAGAAAGCAGCAGACCCUGUCUUGGAAUAUUGCACGCUUGGCCAAGACGACAUAAUGUCAAUCAUCCAAGAUUGGGGCCCUGAAGAAGACGUCGACACAAAUCCCCUAGACCUUCGCAAGAUGAAAUAUUUGCGUCUUUCUUGUCUAGCAUUCUUGUUUGGCGGCGUCGGCGAUGGCCUACACCAGAAAUAUCUCAAACUGACUAAAGCAAAACAGGAUAGCUUCAAAGUAAAUAUCACGCUUUUAGAUAUCCAUCCCAAGACUUUGGCCCGUGAUCUCUGCAUUUUUGCGCUAUUGGAACAAUCGUUGGAAAUGCCAAAUAACGAAGAAAAAGAGGCUGAGAUCAAGGCAACAAUCUUCUAUGCUUUCCGCGAUAUUGUCAAGGACCAGAUCAAGCGCUUGAACAUGCGCCCUCCCCAGCUUCUAGUGUGGCUUCACAUUGGCAUAUUCGACUAUCAUGAUAUCAAGCAGCCCAAAACAUUCGCCUCGAAUGUGAUGGAAGACCCUGGCAAUGUGUCGACCUACCGGGAUAAUAUCAACCAGCGUAGAGAAGAAGAGCGUCAAGACGUGGAAGGAGCCGUUGGUGCGAUGCAAGACCAGGAUGUCAUUAGCUCGGCAGAGCCUCAUAUGACUGAGCCUCUGCCUACUGACCCCAAGAGGCGUGCGGAGUGGUUGAAACUUGCCAAAUCAGUAUUAGUAGAUAUCAUGUUGGAUCCUGAUGGCAUGGGACCUGGCUCUCCCCUCAAGUUUCUUGAGGGGGGGAGUUGGGGUCUAAAAAACACCAGAUUGUCGAAACAGUCGGUGAAGAAGGUCAACGCACACAUACGGGAAACGUGGAAGCCCAAUCCUUCGUUCUUCGACAGCGUUCAUGAACGAGAAAUCGGAUACCCUAGAAUAAUCAUGGAUCCAUUUGUAUUCGUUCGGUCAAUUCAUCAGUUUGCCGAGCGGAUGGGGUUGUUGAAUAACAAGAUCGACGAAGAUUUCCCCUCCUUAUGUGUCACAGAAAUCUUCUUCGACGCUGUGGUAGAUGCUUUCAAAGCUUUUCAAGGCUGCAUACAGAUCGAGAUUCUACUCGGGGAUCUUUCACAGGAAUUGGCAAAGACGAGGCUGCCAGGACACAGAUCUAGACCGGGUCACUUCCCUAAGUCCUAUACGCGUGCAUGGCUUAGCAACGUACCGGAUUACACCCAUGGACCACUCAAUACGGCUGUGUACACGCUUCCGAGCUUGGAGAACGAGUCGGAUACAGCCGUUGCUGCAAAUUGUCUCCUCAACACUUCAGUUUGGGAAGGUGGUGAUCGGUUCUGCUACAAUGUCAGUUUUCCAUCUCAUUGGCUGACAGAGUAUCCGCAGCAAGUCCUAGCAGGCUCUUUGACCUCGGAGGUUGCCAUCUACCGCGGACAACUCCCCAUUCCGCUAUCGGACGACACAUGUAUGCCUCGACCCCUGGCGAGUGGACUUCGAGAAUGUUCUCGCCUUGUCGUACGAGGCGCUUCCCUGCCGGAUGAUUUCGCGAAGGCCUUCGAUGAGAUAGGGUCAUUCGAGGCGCUCGUACCUAGGCAUAAGUUCACUCCUAGGACCGCCAUGAAUCUUGUUUCUCCGUUCGACCCUGUGAUGGCACUUAUGUUCUACAAGCCAGGGUCGUAUCAACCUGAUAAUAUCGCGAAAAGGACGAACAAGGUACUGGAGGGUAAUAUCGUGAAGAAGCUGGGAGAGCUCUAUAUUCUGACUACAGUAGAUGAGUUUGAUAUGUGGAACGGGUUCAUCAGGUGUAGAAUGAGUAAGGAGCGGGUGAAGAUGAUGAAGGCAGAAGGCUGCGCAACCUAUUCCUGCGCGCAAGUGGUCGGAGAUAACGAUUACUUGACUGGCCAGUUGCUAGCGCAAGCCAGAAGGGUGAUAUAUAAUAGCUUGGAGCCUUAUCUCCGCUGUCAGCGUUUCGUAAGAGUCGAAAAAGUUGCGAAACACGCCAUGCUGAAAAAUUGGGGCCGUGAUCUGGGCAAGCUCGGCUGGAUGUUGGACUCGGUUGUCUCUGCGUUCCAGUCCGUUCCUAGUCUUCGUUCCGCAGUGCUCCCCUUAGAGCUCAACGUAACAGGCAAUAAGUCAGAAUUGAUCGGCCACUCAACGGUGUACGUACCGUUUCCCGCUACGUCCUAG